UCCUCAUUUACACAAUGGCUGGCAAGUAGACCAGGCCAUUCUUUCAGAAGAAGACCGUGUGGUGGUCAUUCGCUUUGGGCACGACUGGGAUCCUACUUGUAUGAAAAUGGAUGAAGUUUUAUAUAGUAUUGCUGAAAAGAAAUAGCAGAUUAAAGAGGGUGAUCGUUCGUCAUCCUCUUGCUUACGAGUCCAGUUGGGAUAUCGCUGCCAUAUAAAGAGUGAAAAACUUUGCUGUUAUCUACCUUGUGGAUAUCACAGAAGUACCAGACUUCAACAAGAUGUAUGAACUGUACGAUCCCUGUACAGUCAUGUUUUUCUUCAGAAACAAACACAUAAUGAUUGAUUUAGGCACAGGCAACAACAACAAAAUUAACUGGGCGAUGGAAGACAAACAAGAGAUGAUUGACAUCAUAGAGACUGUUUAUAGAGGUGCUCGUAAAGGUAGAGGUCUCGUUGUAUCACCCAAAGACUACUCAACAAAAUAUAGAUAUUAAUGCUUUGGAGCUUAAUAAAAUCAGUUUUUGUAUAUAA